AUGGCGCUAUCCACCGCCGCUCUCUUUCCGCUCUCCAGAAACGCCAGGGCGUUUUCUUCCACUGCGCGUGUCUUCGUGGACCGCAACACCAAAGUGAUCUGCCAGGGCUUAACGGGCCACCAG